UUCAUUUUUAGAUAACAAUCAACAGAGAUAGUGGUGAAGACGUGAGCUCCCCCAAACAUGGGAAGGAGGACCCGGACAACAUGCCUCACGUGGGCGGCAAUACUUGGGCUGGCGGAACAGGUGGAAGAGACACAGCAGGUCUAGGUGGCAAAGGAGGUCCUUACCGGCUGGAUGCAGGCCAUACAGUGUACCAGAUCUCUGAUGCCGAGAAAGAUGCAGUUCCAGAGGAGGUCAAGAGAGCCGCAAGAGAGAUGGGCCAGAGAGCAUUUCAACAGAGGCUAAAGGAGAUCCAGAUGAGUGAAUAUGAUGCUGCAACUUAUGAAAGGUUUUCAGGUGCUGUCCGGCGACAGGUGCACUCCCUCCGCAUCAUCCUGGAUAAUUUACAGGCUAAAGGUAAAGAAAGACAGUGGCUAAGACAUCAAGCGACUGGGGAACUAGAUGAUGCCAAGAUCAUUGAUGGACUGACUGGCGAAAAAGCCAUCUACAAACGUCGGGGUGAAAUGGAGCCACAGGUGGGCAGCCCUCAACAGAAACCCAAGCGUCUGCGCCUCGUGGUAGAUGUGUCUGGUAGCAUGUAUCGCUUCAACGGGGUAGAUGGUCGACUCGAGCGCUCCAUGGAGGCUGUAUGUAUGGUCAUGGAAGCCUUCGAGAACUGUGAGGAAAAGUUCAAGUACGACAUCGCUGGACACUCUGGAGAUGGCUACAACAUUGGCCUAGUUCCAGUUAACAAAAUCCCCAAGGACAAUAAGCAAAGACUAGAAAUUCUGAAGACGAUGCAUGCCCACUCUCAGUUCUGCAUGAGUGGGGACCACACCUUAGAAGGGACAGAACAUGCCAUCAAGGAAAUUGUCAAAGAAGAAGCUGAUGAGUACUUUGUGAUAGUCUUGAGCGAUGCGAACCUGUCACGAUAUGGAAUACAUCCCGCCAAGUUUGCCCAGAUUCUAACAAGUGACCCUCAAGUAAAUGCUUUUGCCAUUUUUAUUGGCUCUUUAGGUGAUCAAGCAACCAGGCUUCAGAGAACCUUACCAGCUGGCCGAUCUUUCGUCGCCAUGGACACCAAGGACAUCCCUCAGAUUCUACAACAGAUUUUUACUUCCACCAUGUUGUCGAGUGUUUAAGUACCCUUCGUCACUCUGAUGACCCCAGAAUUUGAAGUAAGAUAGAAAUAAAAAACAUUCUGAA